AUGGACUUCGAGACUAAUGAAGACAUCAACGGGGUCCGUUUCACCUGGAACGUGUUUCCCUCUACCAGAAGCGACGCUAACAGCAACGUUGUCCCCGUUGGCUGCUUGUACACUCCUUUGAAGGAGUACGACGAAUUGAACGUUGCCCCAUACAAUCCAGUUGUGUGUUCCGGUCCGCACUGUAAGUCGAUUCUAAAUCCUUACUGUGUGAUUGAUCCGCGUAAUUCAUCCUGGAGUUGUCCCAUCUGUAACUCCAGGAACCAUUUGCCUCCACAGUACACCAACUUAUCGCAGGAAAACAUGCCGCUAGAGUUACAGUCCACCACCAUUGAGUACAUCACUAACAAGCCCGUCACCGUCCCCCCCAUUUUCUUCUUUGUUGUGGAUCUGACUUCCGAAACGGAGAAUCUCGACUCGCUGAAGGAGUCUAUCAUCACUUCGUUGUCUCUAUUACCCCCCAACGCACUGAUUGGGUUGAUCACUUAUGGGAACGUUGUUCAAUUGCACGAUCUGUCCAGCGAAACCAUUGACAGGUGCAACGUGUUCAGAGGCGACAGAGAGUACCAGCUCGAGGCGUUGACCGAAAUGUUAACGGGCCAAAAGCCUACCGGCCCCGGUGGUGCUCCAUCUCAUCUACCGAACGCCAUGAACAAAGUCACGCCCUUUUCCUUGAAUAGGUUCUUCCUGCCCUUGGAACAGGUCGAGUUUAAACUGAAUCAACUGCUCGAAAAUCUGUCUCCAGAUCAAUGGUCUGUCCCAGCAGGUCAUAGACCAUUAAGAGCUACAGGUUCCGCUUUGAAUAUUGCGUCUUUGCUUUUACAGGGCUGUUACAAGAACAUCCCUGCAAGAAUCAUUCUUUUCGCCUCCGGUCCAGGUACCGUGGCCCCAGGUUUGAUUGUUAACUCGGAGUUAAAAGACCCUUUGAGAUCUCACCACGACAUCGAUUCGGAUCACGCGCAACAUUACAAGAAGGCCUGCAAGUUCUAUAACCAGAUUGCUCAAAGGGUUGCCGUCAAUGGACACACUGUUGAUAUCUUUGCCGGUUGUUACGAUCAAAUCGGUAUGUCUGAAAUGAAACAAUUGACCGACUCUACUGGAGGCGUAUUAUUGCUAACCGAUGCGUUCUCCACUGCGAUCUUCAAACAGUCUUACUUGAGACUGUUUGCCAAGGAUGAAGAAGGGUAUUUGAAGAUGGCUUUCAACGGUAAUAUGGCAGUCAAGACAAGUAAAGACUUGAAGGUACAAGGUUUGAUUGGACAUGCCUCCGCUGUAAAGAGGACAGACGCCAAUAAUAUCAGUGAAUCUGAAAUCGGUAUCGGUGCAACGUCUACUUGGAAGAUGGCUUCCUUAUCACCUUAUCACUCGUACGCAAUCUUCUUUGAAAUUGCGAACACUGCGGCUAAUUCUAACCCAAUGAUGUCUGCCCCUGGCUCAGCAGAUAGACCUAAUCUAGCAUAUACUCAAUUCAUCACUACUUAUCAACACUCCUCCGGUACCAACCGUAUUAGAGUCACCACCGUGGCAAACCAACUCUUGCCAUUCGGCACUCCCGCCAUUGCAGCUUCCUUUGAUCAAGAGGCAGCUGCCGUUUUGAUGGCCCGUAUUGCUGUACACAAGGCUGAAACUGAUGAUGGAGCUGAUGUUAUUAGAUGGUUAGACAGAACUUUGAUUAAGCUAUGUCAAAAGUACGCCGACUAUAACAAAGAUGAUCCUCAAUCCUUCAGGUUGGCUCCAAAUUUCUCGCUAUAUCCUCAAUUCACCUAUUAUUUAAGAAGGUCCCAAUUCUUAAGUGUCUUUAACAAUUCUCCGGAUGAAACUGCAUUUUAUAGACAUAUUUUCACAAGAGAGGAUACGACUAAUUCUUUAAUUAUGAUUCAACCUACUCUAACUUCUUUCUCAAUGGAGGAUGACCCACAACCUGUCUUGCUGGAUUCUAUUUCUGUCAAACCCAAUACCAUCCUAUUAUUAGAUACAUUUUUCUUCAUCUUAAUAUACCACGGUGAACAGAUCGCCCAGUGGAGAAAAGCCGGUUACCAAGACGAUCCACAAUACGCAGAUUUCAAAGCUCUUCUAGAAGAACCAAAACUAGAAGCCGCAGAAUUGUUAGUAGAUAGGUUCCCACUACCAAGAUUCAUUGACACUGAGGCCGGUGGUUCCCAAGCCAGAUUCUUGUUAUCUAAAUUGAACCCAUCUGAUAACUAUCAAGACAUGGCCCGCGGGGGGUCUACAAUUGUCUUGACUGAUGAUGUGUCCUUACAAAAUUUCAUGACUCACUUACAACAAGUAGCCGUCUCUGGUCAAGCAUAG